UGUCCAAACAUUUUACUUUUCUGUUCCAACUUGAAGUCUUUUAGGGCUAUUUACAGUUUCCAAUGGCUGCCCACAUAUCAAGAAGGCUUAAAGGUAAAGUUGCAAUUAUAACUGGUGCUGCUAGUGGCAUUGGUGAAGCAGCUGCGAAACUUUUCUCUAGGUAUGGAGCCAAAGUGGUGAUUGCAGACAUUCAAGACGACUUGGCACAUAAAGUUUGCAAAGAUUUGGAUCCAUCAUCAACUACCUUUGUGCAUUGUGAUGUUACAAAAGAGGAAGACCUAGAAAAUGUUGUGAACAUUGUUGUAGACAAGUAUGGCAAGCUAGACAUCAUGUACAAUAAUGCUGGUAUUAUGGGAGCAGUCAAAUCCAAUAUUCUUGAAAAUGAAAAAUCUGACUUCGAAAAAGUCAUUAGUACUAACCUCGUAGGUACAUUUCUUGGAAUUAAACAAGCAGCACGAGUCAUGAUCCCUCGCGUUCAAGGUAGCAUAAUUACAACUGGUAGUGUUUGUUCAUCCAUAGGUGGUGUUUGUCCUCAUGCCUACACGAGUUCAAAACAUGGCUUGUUAGGACUUACUCGGAAUGCUGCAGUUGAUUUAGGACGAUAUGGCAUUCGUGUGAAUUGUGUGUCGCCAUACGUUAUUCUUACGGCAUCAGCUUUAAAUACCUUAAAAAAGAUGGGGAAGGAAGAUUCAGAUGUUUAUUCUACCUUAAAAGGUGCUACACUUACUCCUAAUGAUGUCGCCGAAACAGCUGUUUUCCUAGCAAGUGAUGAGUCCAAGUAUGUUAAUGGCCAAGAUUUUAUUAUUGAUGGUGGAUUCACAAUUGAGAAUCUAGGUUUAUCAAUGUUCAAGUAGUUUUUUGUAUUUGAUAAAG